CCCAAAAAAAUCUGCAAAACAUUUAUUUUUUUGCAUUCCUUUCGAAAAUAAUGUGUAAUUAAACCAAUUUUUUGGUUUCGUUGUGGCAAUUGUAAAGACGUAAUCAUGUGCAAACUGCAAUGUGUUUUUGUACAAGUAAUAAUGGUAUCAGGAGAAGCGAAAUGUGACUUAUCGUGAAUGAACUUGUUGUUUUGGAAUAAAAGAUAAAAAAUGGCAUCGACGAACAUCGAAGCACAUGAUAGAUUCAAGCUUUAUAAGUUCACCAAGAUUCUAACAUUAAAAGUGGCUCAAAUCGUGGUACAAAGUAGGCAGGGCAAGAAAAUAUCUCACGACAACGUGAUCAAAGUUGUCGAUGAUUUUGUUGCGCAGAAUAACUUACAAUGGUUUAACUUGUCAAUUCCCGAUGUACCGGAAGUCAACACCGACACAAAGAAAAUCCUCAAUGGAGAAGUAAUAGAAGCCCUUACAAAUGUGCUAUGUAUAGAGAUAUCACUACACACAAAUGAUGGCGAUGAAAUGGUUCUCGAGAUGUGGACUGUCCGCAUUGUGCCUAACUGCGAUGUGUCCGUUGGGUCUGUCUCCACAAUCUACUACAGAAUGAGCAUUAUGCUCAAAUCUACGUUGAGCAUAUCCAGGAUUACUCCAGCCUAUAAGAUGUCUAGAUUACAAAAUAAAGAUUCUUAUAAGAUUUCAUACAAAAUAUAUGGUGGUCAGCCCAAUUUAGACCUUCUAGGUGAGAAAUAUAAAACUAUCAAAGUCAGCGAGCUACACACACCUAUUGGUACUAUCCAAAUAGAAGUUGUGUACAGAACUAAAAUGACAAUUUUACCUGAAGACAGGAGGGCAGUGAACAACAAAAUAGGCGAAGAUAUUAUGGUUAAGAGUGAUCACUUUCCUAGAGAAAGUCCAAGGAAAAACCAUGAAAAGAAAGCUGUGGAUUUAACCAAACCACUGACGGCUGGUGCGUUUGUAGACCAUGCAAAGAUCAAAGAGCUACAUGAAACCCUCAGCCAGCAGUUGCCUCCAGAGCCACCUAUGAACUGGCUACUCGCUGAGAAAGAUAAGAUGGAGAAAAGAAUGAGAGAGCUGGCGCUGUCGGAGUCUUUGGAGAAGCCCUGCAGUAGUAACCAGGCAUCUACUUCCGAGGUGGUCACUGCCAGCAAGGCUAUCGAAGUACCCAAGAUGAGGGAUAACAAAUACGCCAGUUUGAUGGAGUUUCCCUUCGCUGACGGCAGUCCUAUCACCGAGUUAGCGAGCUUCUAUCAGGAGUGCGUGGCGGCGCGAUGUGCUAGUGACGCUUGGGACAAUACCGCCAGCACCGACUCCACUGCGUUGGCACGUCAGUUACAGGCGUUCGAAGACGCUGUACCGGAGUUCGAUAAUUUGCUAGCCGACAUGUGCGCUAGUGACCACAGUUCUGACACUUGAGGUGCGGUGGGCAGGCCAAAAAUCUAGAUUUUACCUAUUUAUUGUAGAUUUAUACUUUAUACGCUAUAGACUAGAAUGUAGUCCAUAGGUAUAUUAUAUUAUGAGAAAGAUAGUAUUAUUGUUGUCAAAAGUUUAAGGGCCGCCACGUAUUUGCGAUCAAUUGUUUCUAUCCAUCGUAAACGUUCGUACUAGUUCAUAUAAUAUGAUGGAUCGAAACGAUCUAUUGCAAACUAAUGGCUGCUCUAAUAAUAUGUCUACUAUCGUCCUUCUAAACAAAAACACACUGCCUAAACUAUACUAAUUUAUUAGGUACCCACCUUACCUUCUAUUCUAAACUUUAUCUUAAUUUGCUUUAUCUAUUACUUUAAACAAUAUUCAAAUCUGUUGAACAAUAUGUAAAUUACAUAUAUGUAUAAGUUGCGUUCUGUUGUAAAAAGCUUUUUCAUUGUCUAUGUAGCUUAUAGAUAAUAAUCUUGGCGAAAAUGAAAUAUGCAGAAAAAUGUUACAAUAUUUUUUUAAUUAAUAAAAUAUUAUCAACGAAAAAGACUGAUGAUGGCCAAACAAUUUGGCUGUACGUGUGUAUUUUAAUAUUAUUUUAAAACUAACAAUUUUAUUAAUCUACUACUUUUUAUUAUACUAAUUUUUGUUUAGAGGGAUGAUACUGAAAAUAGUAAAUUGUAUUGUAUUUUUUUUAAGUCCGGUCAAGUAUAUAAUACGUCUCUUUCACACACGAAAAUAUUGUUUUGCGUAAAGGUACAAGUUGGAAGCCGGCUUCAUGA